AUGUCUUCCCCUGCGGCCAGUGGCUCGCACCACACCGUUUGGCGGGCGGCGACUGUUAUCGACUUCAAGAGCGCUGAGGUCAGUGACGGCUCUUUUCGACUCACAAUUGUGUCUUACCAGGAUUACCCGACCGGGCAGGACCCAGUUAGCGCCCCCAUUGCCGAAGAACAGGCUCGCUUGGAAGCCGAGCUCGAGACGUAUCGCGAUAUUCGAGAAUACCUACGAAAAUGGGCAGAGACCAAUCCUAGCAAUCUAGACCCCUUUCAAGAACUGGGCAGUGCAAUGGUCUCCAUUGACUCGGGUCAUUUGGUUAGCACUAUGCUUAACGGCCGCGAAGCAUCGCAGUCGCUCUGGGCCAGCACGCAACUCUUCAACAAAGACGAUUUUGACACCUCAGAAGAGUUUGAAGGAGAUCAUCUUGAGCCGGGCGAUUUGGUGGGACAACUCACGGCAGAUGGUGUCUUUAACCUUGGGAUAUAUGUGCAGUCCGUCCACAAGCAGAAACACAUAUAUACCACUCGUGGGAAUUGGCGGAUCUGCUCUAAUCGUGACAUUGAUUAUGUUGUGAAGGGAUUUGCGCCUACAUUUCUUAUUGAUCCGAUCAAGCCGUAUUUCCCGGAUCGACCUGUCCAAGCUUUGUCCGAACUUCAAUCUGUGCCUGAAGGUGGACUCCCGAGGCCUCUCGGGCGGCCCCUCAUCGAAAUGAUGGCCGAUUUUGAGCUGCAGAUAUUUGAGUUCUACAGACAGCAUGCGCAAGUACUGGAUAGUAUCCACGAGUUGGUCGCAGACGACUCAGAGUUUGUGCGCAUGACUCUUGAAGAACUUGCCAUGAAGCUCCUGGGCAUUGACGAGCCGCAACUAAAUAGGGUGAACCUGUUUGCGGUGCAUCAGACUGUGCGACGUCGUCCAUUCGCCAUCGAUAAGGACUUCAAUUCUUCCUUCCACCCGGUAUACCUGGUGCAGCCUAAGAGAAUUACCAAUGUGGUCAACCAGGUCACGACUUGGGUUCACGAACAUCAGGAACUUUUGGUUCGAGCAGCCAUGGCCAAAGAAACACAUGGUUUCAGGGACCAUCCCAUGCAACAGUUCAUUCAAAAGGCACAGCGCUUGAUUCGUCUCAGUCGAAAAGUUCGGUCUCCGACGGUCAUGUCUAGCGUGGGGCCUUCGUCUCAAAAGUUCCAACCUGGGCAAGAUGGCAAAGCGAUGGUGUUUCGCGAGGUUCUGACUGAAAAGUUUACAAAGACGGAUCAGACAAUUAUCGAGUAUAUGCAACUGUACGCGAUACCGUCGGUGGCCAUGCCAUCUGGUACACUGCGAUCGACUGCGUCACACGUCAUGCGUGCCACAGGAAUGUAUAACACUCUCGGACUCAGUGAGUCCUCCACUCGUAUGUUCCUACAGGAGCUUGGAGUGGUGGCUCCAUGGGAGAACCUCAGUCUCCUAGACCAAAACAUCUUGCUACCCGGCCAUGGCAUGUCCUUGAUGGAGGACAUGAAAUGGGAAGAGAUUGAAGAGUCUUGCGCGACCCUCUCGGAAUCUUUGACAGAUUCGAUGAAAGUCUUACGCAGGGAUUGGGGAGAUUUGCCGGUCUAUUGUAUCGAUGCGGUCACAGCGCAGGAAAUCGACGAUGGUGUUUCAUUAGAGCGGAUCUCAGGCUCUGACGAUACAUUCUGGGUGCGCAUUCACGUCGCUAACCCAACAGCUUUCUUGAAACAUGACAAUCCCAUCAUUGAAUACGCCAAAUCUCGACUCAAUACAACUUAUGCCCCGGAGCGUACAUACCCUAUCUUCCCCAAGACUCUCACGCAGGAUCAUUUCAGUUUGGUGAAUGGUCGUCCCACGCUGACAUUCAGUGCCAAGAUGAAUCUUCAGGGAGAAAUCCUUGAUACCGAGAUUACAAAUGGCACGAUUCGAAACGUGAUCAGCUUGACCCACAGUACGUUACAACAGUACUUGGAUCCCGAGUCAAAGCGUUCCUCAAAAUCCGAAUUUCUCACUGUCGGUGGCGAGUUCAUUGAGCAACCUCUGCCCGAAGGCAAGAUUUUCCGCGAGGACCUCACCGCAGAAGACAAAGAGAAUUUUACCAUCCUGCGCAAUCUGAUGCUAGGAUUCCGCACUCAACGUCAAAAAAACGGGGCCAUGGACAUCCAGUUCCCUCGACCGGAUACCGCCCUCUCCGUGCAGAUGGGCACGGUGCCUACGAAGCCAUACGAGAUCCAAGUCACCGAAGGCCGGUACUAUAUCGGUGACCCGAUCAUCCAGCUUCAAAUGCAAGACUUCAACCCACACGAAGUCCGGGAUGAGUCGAAGCGGUACCUCGUCUCGCUCCUGAUGAAUCUGGCCGGCCACAUUGCCGGGCAGUUCUGCGCAACCCGUAACAUUCCCGUUGUCUAUGAUGGAACAUGGUAUGAUCCUGAAUACGGACACGUCACACGGGAAAACAUGAACGAAUUCGGCGGUCAGUCCUUCUACCAUCUCGCCCUCCCCAAGGCCAUCUCUGCAUCUACGCCUCUGCACCAUCACAUGCUUGGUUUGGACGCGUACGUCAAGAGCACAAGUCCGCUACGUCGCUUCAGCGAUGUCAUCGCGCACUAUCAAAUCGAAGCAGCAUUGCGUUUCGAGCAUGAACACGGUCGCCAAUUCGACGCUACAACUGAUAUCCCUGACGAACCUGUCGAAUUCGAAUCCGAGACUCAAUCCUCCGAACAAACACAAACACCAACAGUCUCUCCCCUCCCAUACUCCCACCUCGACCUCGACAACCACAUCGACUACUCCCAGCCCCUCCUCGCCCGCCUCCGCGCCAUCUCCGCAUACUCCACUCAACACUGGGCCUGCAUGCUCCUCUUCCGCGCAUUCUACUUUGCCGAGUGUGCACUCCCGCAAUCAUUCCCCGUCGUCCUGCGCUCCAUGCGACUAGGCUUUGCCGAUGAAGGGACGGUGUACUCGGGCAUUAUCACUAAUUUGGGUGUUAAUUGUGUGAUUACUAUUCCCGAGGGGUGUCCGGAUAAAGAGAAGAUGGAUGUGUUUGGGGUUGUUGAGGCGGAGAUUACGGCGGUGGAUAUGGCGAGUUUGGAGGUUAAGAUGGAAGCUAAGGGGUUGAUUAGGUCGUUUAAGAGGGUUGGUGAGUGGGCUUGA